AUGGCCACAUUCACUCGAAAUAAACCACAUGUAAAUGUGGGAAAAAUUGGGCAUUCGAUUCUAUACAGAGGUGUUUCGAGGAAAGAGAAACCAAGACGUCAUCAUGGGUUGAAUCAGCAGAAGAGGCAAGAGAUGAAGGAAGCUUUUGAUCUAUUCGACACUGAUGGGGCUCUCUGGCACCAUUGA